AUGGGCGGAAAGAUUGACACAAGUGUCCAUCAUGGUAAAUCCCCUCCUGUCUUCAGAUUGCAUGGGCAAAACUAUCACAUGAUCGGUAGUUUGUUGCCAACAGAAGGAUCUAUACCAAAGUUUGCUCAGUUAUACAUAUACGACACUGCGAACGAAGUUGCAAACCGUAUGAACGUUGUUGGACGGACUUCAGAGACAACUAAAUUCCAUGGGGAUAUUGUCAAAGAUCUUCAGGAUAUGCUUGAUGAACACAAUGUCCUUGUGAAGUCUUUCAGGAUGGUGAGGGAAAGUAUGCGAAAGCCUGAUUACUCUGAAGUAAAGCUUAGAUUAAUUGGAAAGCGAUUUGCAGAUGGAAGGAGGUAUAACCUUCCAUCAGCUGAAGAGGUUGCGGGUUUGGUACCCGGCGAUUUCGAGACUGCACUUGGUGAGAGAGAUAUAGUUGUUGAAACUCGAAGUGGACUUCUCAAGCGAAUUAAUGAAUUAAAUCCUUCAUAUCUUGGGCUUCAGUACCCAUUGCUUUUCGUGUACGGCCAAGAUGGCUAUAGAGAAGACGUUCAGUUAAAGAAUUCGAGAUCAGGAUCAUCUGGUGCACGAAAAAAGUUAAGCAUGCGAGAAUUCUUUUCAUAUAGACUACAGGAAAGGGAUUGUGAAUCGCCUCACAUACUAUUCUCCAGAAAAUUGUUCCAGCAAUUUUUAGUCGAUGCGUACACUAUGGUCGAGACGUCUCGAUUGAAUUAUGUACGCACUCAUCAGAAGCAAUUGAGAUGUGACAUUUACAAUGGUUUGGCCGAUGCCUUAUUACGAGGCGAGACUAAUCUAUCCACACAAAGAAAAAGAGUUGUUCUACCAUCUACUUUUACCGGUGGAGCCCGGUACAUGAUACAGAACUAUCAAGAUGCAAUGGCUAUCUGUCGUUGGGUUGGAUAUCCUGACCUUUUCAUUACAUUUACGUGUAACCCGAAAUGGCCAGAGGUUAUCCGCUUCCUAGAAAAUAGAAGCCUGAAAUCAGAGGACCGGCCUGACAUAUUGUGCAGAAUAUUCAAGGUCAAGUUGGAUCAUUUGAUGAAAGAUCUUAGGCAAAAUAAAGUAUUCGGGACUGUCAGAGCAGUUGUCUACACGAUUGAGUUUCAGAAGCGUGGCUUGCCCCAUGCCCAUAUAUUGCUUUUUUUAUCUCAAGAUGCUAAGUACCCAACUGGAGAUGACAUAGACCGCAUCAUAUCUGCGGAAAUCCCUGAUGAAUCGAUUGAUCCCAAAUAUUAUGCUGCAGUGAGAGAUCUAAUGAUUCAUGGUCCAUGCGGCAGUUUGAGAAGGAGCUCCCCAUGCAUGGUUAAUGGACAAUGCUCUAAGCAUUUUCCAAAAAAAUUUGCAGAGUUUACAAAUGUUGACGAUGAUGGGUACCCAAUUUACCGACGACGAGAUAAUGGUAUAACUGUCAACAAGAGUGGCAUUGAUCUUGACAAUAGAUUUGUCGUUCCUCAUAAUCGUUACCUGUUAUUGAAGUAUGGUGCUCACAUAAAUGUGGAAUGGUGCAAUCAGUCCAGAUCAAUUAAAUAUCUUUUCAAGUAUGUGAACAAGGGCCAUGAUCGUGUCACAGCCAGUUUUUAUCAGACCGCUGCAGGUGAAAACAAUAAUAAGCAGGUUGAUGAGAUAAGCAUGUACUAUGAUUGCAGAUAUAUAUCAUCUUGUGAGGCAGCUUGGAGGAUGUUUGGUUAUGACAUUCACUACAGGAAUCCCCCGGUUGAGCGCUUAUCAUUUCAUCUACCAAACCAGCAAAAUAUAUUCUUCUCCGACUCUGAUCAUAUUGAUGAUGUUCUUAGUCGUCCUUCGGUUAAGGAAAGUAUGUUCACUGCUUGGAUGGAUGCUAAUAGAAAGUAUAAAGCUGCAAGGGAACUUACAUAUGCGGAAUUUCCAACUAAAUUCGUUUGGAAACAUGAACAGAGAGAAUGGCUUCCAAGACAACGUGGCUUUUCAAUAGGGCGUAUAUUUUACGUUCCUCCAGGGUGUGGAGAGAUGUAUUAUUUGAGAACCCUUCUCAAUAUAGUACGGGGUCCAAAGAGUUAUGAAGAGAUUAGGUGUGUUAAUGGUGUGCAGUACGAUUCAUUCAGGGAUGCUUGCUAUGCGCUGGGUUUGUUGGAUGACGAUAAAGAGUACAUCGACGGUAUUGUCGAAGCAAGUCAUUGGGGUUCGGCGCAAUCGUUGAGAAAUCUAUUCGCAACAUUGUUGGCAUCUGAUUCUUUGUCGAGACCUGAAUAUGUUUGGGAACAAUGUUGGUUAUUACUGUCUGACGAUAUCCUUCAUAGACAGCGGUGUGUUUUAGCUCAUGAAGAUUUGGAACUAAGUGAAGAGGAACUGAAAAAUUAUGUUCUUUUGGAGAUUGAAAAGAUAUUGCGUAGUAGAGGGAAGAGUCUUCGUGAAUUUAAAUCAAUGCCAUUUCCGUACGAGAUCGACAUUUCAUUUUCAGAAAAUAGGCUUAUCCACGAUGAGAUGCGAUAUGAUAGAAGGUCUCUUGCCGAAGAUCACAAGUUGUUUGUUUCCAGACUGACAGAUGAGCAGAGAAGUGUUUAUGAUAUGAUAAUGAGUGAUGUUCAGUCUGAUCAAGGUGGUGUAUUCUUUUUGUAUGGAUGCGGUGGCACGGGGAAAACAUUUAUAUGGAAAACCCUUUCUGCAGGUUUGCGAUCAAAAGGGGAAGUUGUCUUAAAUGUGGCAUCAAGUGGAAUUGCAUCUUUGCUCUUGCCCGGUGGUAGAACAGCCCAUUCAAGAUUUGCGAUCCCUCUCAAUCCGACUGAAGACUCCACAUGCAACAUUAAACAGGGGAGUCCAUUAGCUGAAUUGAUAUUAAAGACAAAGCUUAUUAUUUGGGAUGAAGCCCCUAUGAUGCACAGAUACUGUUUUGAGGCACUUGACAAAAGUUUGCGAGAUAUUAUGAGAUUCAAAAAUCCAUUAAGUUUAGACCAACCAUUCGGAGGGAAAACUGUGGUGUUUGGUGGGGAUUUCAGGCAAAUUUUACCAGUCAUACCGAAAGGUAGUAGGCAAGAUAUUGUGCAUGCAACAAUUAAUUCGUCUUAUUUGUGGCGACAUUGCAAGGUGUUGAAAUUGACAAAGAAUAUGAGACUCCAAAAUCUCAUUGAUAACGAUCACAAUGUUUACUUGAAAGAAUUUUCUGAAUGGAUAUCAAGCAUUGGUGAUGGGAUUUUAGGUGGCCGAAAUGAUGGACAUGCAACUGUGGAAAUACCAGAUGAUAUUUUGAUACAUGGGUCCAGUAAUAUGAUUGAAUCAAUUGUUGAGACCACUUACCCGUCAUUUUCAAACAACGUUGGUAAUACAUCCUACUUGCAAGGUAGGGCCAUUCUUGCACCAACAUUGGAUGUCGUUGAAUCUGUCAACGAUUACAUGAUUUCUAUUAGUGAUUGUGAAGGAACGACAUACUUCAGUUCAGAUACGAUUUGCAGGUCAGAUACAAAUAUUGAUUUGUUGGAAGAUCUUCAUUCCACAGAAUUUUUAAACAGUAUCAAAUGUUCUGGUGUCCCUAACCACGAGUUGAGAUUAAAGGUUGGUAUUCCGGUUAUGUUGUUGAGGAACAUUGAUCAUACCGCUGGACUUUGCAAUGGGACUAGGCUAAUUGUUACAAGACUUGGAAGUCACGUGUUGGAGGCUACAAUAUUGUCAGGUACUAAUGCAGGGCAUAAAGUGUUAAUUCCAAGAAUAUCGUUGACUCCAUCCGAUACAAGGUUGCCCUUCAAAUUUCAACGAAGACAAUUUCCCCUUAUUGUUUCGUAUGCCAUGACUAUCAAUAAAAGUCAAGGCCAAUCUUUGACCCAUGUAGGUCUUUUUUUGAAGAAACCUUUGUUCAGUCACGGGACUGUACGUUGCAAUAUCAAGAGUUACAAGUCGCAGUGGGUUAAAGGUGCUAAUAUGUGA